AUGGUACCUGGCUACAACCAAACCCGUCGCCCUCAAGUGCAUUUCUCCCCUGCGGUCAACUUCAUGAACGAUCCAAAUGGAUUGUUUUACUACAAUGGAACAUACCAUAUGUACUAUCAGUACAAUCCUACUGGUAUCACUGCUGGAAACCAACACUGGGGACAUGCUACAUCCGAUGACCUAUACCAUUGGCAUAAUCAGCCCAUCGCUCUGUCUCCCGAAUCUCCUGACGAAGGUAUCUUCAGCGGUAGCGCCGUGGUUGACGUUGACAAUACUUCUGGCUUUUUUGGCAACCAGUCUUCCUCCAAUCCAGGCAUUGUUGCUAUCUACACUCUCAAUACACCUAGUAAAGAGACUCAGAACAUUGCAUACUCUACUGAUGGUGGUUAUACCUUCACCAAGUACUCUGGAAACCCGGUUAUCGACAUCAACAGCAACCAAUUUAGAGAUCCAAAGGUGAUUUGGCAUGCAGAUACUAAGAAAUGGGUCAUGGCAGUUGCCUUGCCCACACAGUUCUCUGUAGUGUUUUACACAUCAUCGGAUCUCAAAAAUUGGAAAAAGGCAUCAACAUUCUCCCAUCAUGGAUGGCUCGGCAAUCAAUUUGAGUGUCCCAAUUUGGUGGAAGUUCCAGUUCAUAACUCUCAACAGCAGAAUUCUGGCGAAACUAAAUGGGUUCUUGUUGUAUCUGUCAACCCUGGAGCCCCGCAAGGCGGAAGUUUCACACAAUUCUUCCCUGGUGAAUUUGAUGGUACAGAUUUUACUCCCGAAGACGAUGCUGCACGCUGGGUAGACUUUGGAAAGGAUAACUAUGCGAUGCAAUUCUUUUAUGGUACUGAAAACAAAACGCUUGGUCUUGGAUGGGCUUCCAAUUGGCAAUAUACCAACAUUGUUCCCACAAGCCCCUGGAGAAGUGCAAUGACUCUACCCCGCCAAUAUGCUUUAUGGAACGACCCAGUCUUAAGCUGGCAAUUUAUCUCUAACCCUACUGACAUGUCCACCAUCAUGAAUAAGAAUCUGUUCAGUGGCAAAGUGACAAAGUCCAAAAACAUCAAACUUGGUGACGGAUCUGGAGCUUACUAUUUCGACAUCUAUGUAUCGCAGGACCAAGGGCAAGCUACCCAACGUGCCAACUUUACUUUCAUUUCCUCUUCAACCAAAGAGGAACUGCGUAUGGGGCUACUGAUGGACAAUGGACCAUCCUUUUUCAUCGAUCGUAGUGGAACGAAAGGCUUCGAUUACCCCCUUUUUACUGACAAGUUUGCCACCAUUCAAUAUGGUGGAAUUGGAGGAUGGCAUGUCUAUGGUGUAUUGGAUAAGAUGAUCUUGGAAACCUUUCUUAACGAAGGUGAACAAAGUGCUACAACCACAUACUUUUCCAACGGUGUCCUAGACAAGUUUUCGAUUUCCCUUGACACUGGAUUAUCUGCAACUGUAAAUGUGACGGCACUGAAGAGCGGUUGGGACCAGAAGAAAUAA